AUUUACUAAUAAAUGUGUAAUUCAUCUAACAUCUAACACAUUAUAUUAAUUUUUCAGAUUUUUAAUAUUUAAUAGUCAAAAUUGACAACAAAAUGACUACACUACGACCAUUCAAUUGUGAUGACUUAUUUAAAUUCAAUAAUGUAAAUCUAGAUACACUUACAGAGACUUAUGCGAUACCAUUUUAUAUGCAAUAUCUUGCACAUUGGCCAGAGUAUUUUCAAGUUGCUGAAUCUCCUACUGGAGAGAUAAUGGGUUAUAUUAUGGGAAAAUCUGAAGGACAGCCAGAUAGUUGGCAUGGUCAUGUAACUGCAUUAACUGUUGCUCCAGAAUACAGAAGAUUAGGUGUUGCAGGUGUAUUAAUGAAUUGGUUAGAAGAAAUUUCAGAAAAAAAAGAUGCAUGGUUUGUUGAUCUUUAUGUGCGUGUCAGCAAUACAGUUGCUAUAUCAAUGUACAAGAGUUUAGGAUAUACAGUAUAUCGUACUGUAUUAGAAUAUUAUUCUGGAGAUCCUGACGAAGAUGCAUAUGAUAUGAGAAAAGCACUUUCUCGAGAUAUUGAGAAAAAAUCAAUUAUACCACUUGAGCAUCCAGUGAGAUUAGAUGAAUGUGAUUAAAUUAUUGCAUACUCAUGAGUCAUGAUAUAAUAUCUUGCAUUUGUAACAACUAACAAAAUAA